CUGGAUUAUAUAAACUACUCGCAUUAGCAAUAAUUGUCUUAGAAUGAAAAUGGGCUACUCUUGUUUCAAGGUUGGGAUAAUAUUAACUAUUUUCUCACUAGCACUUCUCCUUCCAGUGAUUCAAGGCUGGGGAACUGAUGGGCACUUCAUAGUUUGCAGAAUCGCUCAGUCUCGGUUGAGUGAAGCUGCUGCAGAUGCUCUGAAGCAACUUCUGCCAGAGUCUGCGGAGAAUGACUUAGCGAGCGUGUGCUCAUGGGCAGACAAUGUCAAAUUCCGUUACCAUUGGUCAUCUGCCCUACAUUACAUUGACACCCCAGAUUCUCUCUGUACCUACCAAUACAAUAGGGAUUGCAAGGAUGAAAAUGGAGAGAAAGGGCGGUGUGUUGCUGGUGCAAUUAACAAUUACACUUCCCAACUUAUUACCUACAACACUGCUUCCUCCCUCCUGACUGAAUAUAAUCUCACAGAAGCACUUCUUUUCCUUUCUCAUUUUAUAGGAGACAUCCAUCAGCCUCUGCAUGUGGGUUUUACUUCAGACAGGGGAGGCAACACAAUUGAUGUCCAUUGGUACACAAGGAAACAAGUCCUUCACCAUGUUUGGGAUGCAAAUAUAAUUGAGACAGCUGAGGAAAGAUUCUACAACUCAAAUGUGGAUGACAUGAUUGAUGCAAUUCAGCAGAAUAUCACGACAGAAUGGACAGAUCUAGUUCAAAAAUGGGAGACCUGCAGUCGUAACAAGACAGCCUGCCCAGACAUAUAUGCAUCUGAAAGUAUCAAAGCAGCAUGUGAUUGGGCGUACAAAGGUGUAACGGAAGGAUCAGUGCUAGAAGAUGAUUAUUUCCUAUCCCGAAAACCAAUAGUGAAUUUGCGAUUAGCUCAAGGUGGAGUCCGAUUGGCAGCAACUCUCAAUCGCAUUUUUCAAUGACUCAGUCUGGUUCUAAAUAAUGUUUGGUGUCAAGUAAAGCAUGCCUGAAGCUUUUCAAAAAGUUAUGUUUACUUUAGUACAUUAUCAAUGUAUCAUAAACAUCAAGGCAUUGCUUGCAAAAAAAAUAAUGCAUAUAUUCUAAUAAUUCUUGCACUGUUCUCUUCUAAAAUUCUUGCACGUAUGUGUAAUUCCAACUACCGUGACAAGCAACGGCAGGAGAUAAUGAGAAUGUUGGUUCAUUCAUUACCUGUAACAGAUCGUAUCAAACAUGUGAACAAGCAGGAACGUGUAGUCUAAUUCCAAGUUCUUGCACAGCAUAUACUGUACUCAUGUUAUGGUUUCUUCACAACAAGAACAGGGCACUUGGCAUAUUGAAGACUAUAAUUGCUCACACCUCCUAGUUAAGCCCUUUACAGAAAUAUCGGCAUGAAUACCCAAUAACGUAAAAAGAAAGAUAGGCACUGAACUCUAGGACACGCAAGGAAUUCAAAUCAAUGGCUCUUCUCUAAAACACCAGUUUCUCUCCCUUCUCUUUAAGUUCCGGCUUUUGGGCCUUAAGUUUGGGGGAAGAUCUGGCCUUUGGCCGCCGAUCAUAUUAGUUAAAAGUUAUUUUCUCUGUUUUUGGUUGUUAAGUCUCCCUGUGGAAUUUCAGUAGCCCUUGCGGAUGGGGAUUAGCGUGGUUUGUUUUUGUGCCUACUGCAUGUUGGUUUUGAGAGCAUCAAUUAUGGUGGUGAUGGGUUGAGUUGAGAAGCCUGUUGGCUGGCGGUUUGGGCAUCGCUUGUGGGGCGAGAGGAGAUUGAGAAGCCUGUGUCUCUGCCACACUGGUCCUCACCCAGAGGUUCCUCGGGCAGUGUGCUACUUAACUCCCUUGCUUUUGAUGGUUCUGAUUGAGGAGCUUAUCCUCCUAUUUUGGUCUCCCUUUUGUGCUUCAGGUUCUGCAUGUGUAUCCUCCCCUUCGGCUGCCUCAGAUGGUCGGUCUACAGUUGGAGUCAUCCUCGGUAAAGUCGGCUGGGAUGCGGGUCAACCCGUUUUAGUUCUAGGGUUUCUCUUUGAUUUGGGCUUUGAACCCUUAGUUUUUUAUGGAUUUAAGGAAAGUUUUGUAACAUUCUGUAUUUUUUGGGCACGCCUUGAAGUGUUUUAUCAUCAAAUGAACUAAUGAAGGAUUCUAAUUUUCUGUUAAAAAUAAAAUAAAAUAAAAUAAAGCUCAAUUUGUCCGGUA